CACGAACCAACACAACAUGUACAUGGAGCAUCCCAGUUAAUGGCAAUACAGAUUGAUGCCGCCAUAAAUCCAGGAAAUAGUGGUGGUCCAGCAAUAUUGGGAAAUAAAGUUGCUGGUGUGGCUUUCCAGAACCUAUCAGGUGAUGAGAAUAUUGGCUAUAUAAUUCCUGUUCCUGUAAUCAAACAUUUUAUAUCUGGUGUGAAAGAAAGUGGAAAAUAUGUUGGAUUCUGCUGUACGGGUCUAUCGUGCCAAUUAACUGAAAAUUUUCAACUAAGAAAGCACUUUGGUAUGCGGCCCCCUGAAAUGACAGGGGUGCUUGCGAGCAAAAUUAAUCCGCUGUCGGAUGCACGUAGAGUCCUGAAAAAAGAUGAUGUUAUCCUUGCAUUUGACGGUAUACCUAUAACAAAUGAUGGAACUGGUAGUCAUGGUAUUACUUAUUCAGUUACUCAGCACCAUUUAAACUACAAUUGUAUCUGGUUCACCCAAGAUACAGCUGCUAAAGGUUAUGAUGGCUUCGUGCAUUAUUUCAAUAACCUCGUUGGAUUCUCAAUAGCACGGCUACCUUGUGCUUUAGCUUGCAAAUUCUCCCAUGGAAAGAAAAUUGCAAAUUAUGAAAGAAAAGCUGCUGUGGGGUCUCUUUGGAUUGAACUGGGCCAGAAUGACAUCAUAUUAUCUAUUUUCCCUUCCCUCCUGGUGGAUAAUUUCUGGUAUUGUAAAUUGAUGAGACUGCAAUGCAAAAUAAAGCUAGGACGUCCUUUGCAUGUUGAAUUUAGUGCAUCUUUACUGACAAGCACUUUUCUGGUUCAGGUGCUCAUGGAUGAUAUAAAUGCAGGGUAUGAGCGUCUUGCAGAGCUACAGGUUAAGAAAGUCAAUGGACUAGAAAUUGACAAUUUGAAGCACCUGUGCGGACUUGUUGAGGGCUGUAGUUCAGAGAGCUUGAGGUUUGAUUUGGAUGAUGAUAGGGUAAUUGCAUUGAAUUAUCAGUCUGCAGAAGUAGCCAUUUCUAGAAUUUUGAAACGUCACAGAAUUACUGUACGAAUGGCGACUUCUUUUCUGUUCCAUCGGCAGUCUGCUAGAAGAACACAAGCUGAUUGAUGAUGAAGUUGAGUAAAUCUGGUUACGCAAUAACCGCUUCACAUCACCAAAUUAGGUAUUCCUCGAAUAAGGAUGCCCAUAUGAAAUUAUCGAGGCUCCUAUCCAAUCGCAGAAGCAAGAAUCAUGGUAAACAUGUUUUGCCAGUUGCCAUGGUCGGUAACGUUGUGUUACGACAACCUCCGUCCCUCAUUUCUUAUCAUUAUUAUUAAAGCUGUUAGUGACCUAGCUGGGGCUUCAGGUUCUGUACUUUUAUUUAUUUCCCAAGGAGCGUACACGUUUUCCUUGCUUAAAGGUCACGAAGGGCUUUGAAUCAUAAGAAGUAGAGUGGUUGAAUUUAUUAAUUUUGUUCAA